UGCUUGUCGAAACACGAGCUCAGAUGGUAUUACACUUCGUACAUUUUCAUCUCUGACACUCACAUCCCGUGGUUGGUAUAAGAAUUAUAUGAUCUUUUGACCGUCAACAAAACUGCGACCAUCACCUGAACUCAGAGCAUUUAACAACUUCAUAUUCGUUCAACAUUUGUGGAUUUUAUAGCUGGUACAACAGUCAUGAGUUAUGGGGGUGAUUCCAUUGUAUACCAAAAAUUCGCUGAAAUAAUGCUGACAAUUUUCACAGGAUUGAUUAUAAUAACCAAUUUGUGUUUAAUUAUAAAACUCACGCGAGUGACACACUACCUGCAUAGACCAAAAUGUCUGAUUCUGGUCUCCAUGUCUUGUGGGGACGUCCUGUUGGGCGUGGCCACUCUAGUCGCUGUCCGAUACACAACGUUCCGUGAGUACCUGCCUGGUGAAUCUACCUGUAGUUUUAUGCUACCUGCAACAGUGUACAGAAAUUACCUGGCCAACGCCAUCUACGGCAUUGGUUUAAUCAUGUUAUCAGCCGAGGUAAUCUGGCGACGUCAUCAAGUAACGACAACUCUUACGUCGGUUGUUAAAGGGGUCGUUGUGAGUUGCCUACCCUGGGGUGUCGGGCUAGUCAUAGUGCUGCCAAUCACCGUCCCCACAGCUACCUGCUACAUGUACAACUUUGGUUACACCCCGGAUCUGAUGAGAGCCCAGUUGGUUUUAUCAACACUAGCACCGGCUUGUUUGGCUCUGUUAUCAAUACUCUACGUCAUAUGUGUAAAAACAGACGAUACAACUAAACAAACGAAUAAUAUGCUGUGUAAGUUCAAAGAUAAACAAGAGGAAAGAGACAAAAUAAGUUGGAGCUAUAGAGAGAAACUGGAAACCACACCAGACCUAUCGGUCAAUCUAAACAUCAGACUGUGUUGUCAUGAAGUGUGUCCAGCGGUUUCUCCAGCCAACCAUGACAUAACCCCCUCCAGCAGGACAGGCCCUCAUUACACAGAAACCCAUACCCUGCUCUCAUUGACGCUACUCUACUGCUGUCUUGUGACCCCCCGGGCCGGCUACUUCCUUCUACACACCCAGAGUCUGAAUCCUGGUGACGCCCGUCAGCCCAUGACGCGCGUCAUUGUGGCAGACGACAUGAUGUGGCUGAUUCUAUUACGGCCAAUCGUCACCGCGCUGGUUGCUGCGUCACACAAAUACGUCACAGACUUGUGGUGACGUUGGGUUUAAAGGCUGGAGAAGUAAAGGUUAAACAGAUGCAGGCAAUAAAUGGGUACUUGUAUUCACUGGGUGAAGUUGAUAUAUAAGAAGAAAGAACGUUGUUGAUAGGG